AUGAGGCCGUCUCAGAUUCUCGCUGCAGUGGUGGCGUUUUCUUCCGCCACGCAGGCCAUAUCCAUCGCUGAUGCUUUUGACAACAUCCAUGGCUUGACCGAUGUCAAGGAAGUUCUCUUUGGGCGCCAGAACAACAAUGAGAACAACAAUAACAAUAACAACAACAACGACAACCAAAACAAGCCUACAGACGCACCAGCCACUACACAGCCAGCUGAUAAGCCAGCUGCGACGGAUAACGGCGGCAACAACGACGGUAACAACAACGGCAACAAUAACAAUAACAACAACGACAACAAUAACAAUAACAACAACGACAACAAGGAUGCGUCAACAGCAAAGGAAACCGGCACAAACAAGCCCGCGGGCACCAAGACACAAUCGGGCAAGUCAAAGUCUACCAGCUUCGACCCUCGACUACCCGCCGGUGGCCUCACCAUGGUCACACCGAACGCCAUUGCCGGAACGCAAUACUACAAGGUUGGCGACUGGGUGACGUUCGCCUGGAACUACACCUCUCUCUCCGUAACGCCAACUGCCAUCGAUGUGCUCGCCUCAUGCACAGCCAACCAAGCUACCUACACCAUCUCUGUCAACAUGUCCGCAACGCAGACCGAGGUACUUUGGAACACCGGCGAGACACCAGAGGGCCAAGCACCCUUCCUGACGGAGAACUACAAGCUCCUAAUCUACGACUCUGACUUGAGCGCGACUGCUCCCCCGCGUGCCGGUUACUUGGGCGCCUUCACUGGCUUCACUUUCGGCAUGUACCUCAAGCAGCCAUACACUCCUCUCUCAGAGGGCUACACAUGCCCCAACUGCAAUGGCGCGCUCUCCCACUUUGAAAAGAUGACUCUCUCCACCAUGUUCUUCACGACCGGAACAACCAUCGGCUCAUUACUGUACUUUACCUACCAGUUCGGCCUUUGGUAAAACCACAUGAGCUCUCACCACAAUGAGACGUAGACGUAUACGGCAAGAAUCUUCUCCGACGCUUCAUCGCUUAUGAUACGAUAUACGGCAUCCUUUUCACGCUUCACAUCUGUCUAUAUAUAAACCUUUCUGUUUCAUUCCUUUUAUAUCUCUUUAAACCCAUGUUGUCAGUCAUAAAAAUGGGGUCGGUUGCAGCGGCGCUCCUGGUUGUCAAUGCUUGGGUUCAAGCAUAUGGAGCAAAAACUCUACAUUCAUUUUUGGGACAGGGGAAAGCGGUGAUCACAGCCACGGCAUCUGGUGUUACGGAGUUGGACUGAUCAUACUUGUCUCUUGAUUAGAGCGAGAGAGUGUGAGGGGAAGCGAAUGGGGAUAUUCUGGUCCUCUUGCCGCGUUGCAUAGUCAUGGGGUUCGCAGAAGGCUCCCAUGGGCUGUAGUAAUUGUGCUGAUUUCAGUCAGUGAAGAUGAUGGAUAAGCAGUAAUUUGUUUAGUCUAGAUUCUGGAUUCUCGGAGGUGGAUGUCAGGUAGCAGAGAGGUGGAUAAACAGAACAAGCUCAGUGGCGGCGCUAUGCCACGAGAAUCAUCUCGAUCGUUAACCCGAACGCUGGAAAACAGAAAUAUUCACAAAACAUUUUGACUCAAA